AUGCCAGCAACCAAUAUGACUACCCCUCCGCAUGCCGAAUCUUCUUACGGAGUGCCAAAGGCACCCCAUGUUAGGCUACCCGACGGAGUCUACGUCCCUACUCUGGCGUUCUUCACGGACGACGAGAAGGUUGACACCAGCACACUCGAGCACCAUCUUGUUCGACUGAUCAAUGCUGGGGUUGCGGGCAUUGUCGUUCAUGGCUCGAACGGCGAGGCAGUACACCUUACAAGGGAGGAACGCAGCUUGAUGAUCCGAUGUGCGGCCGACACUAUCCUCCAAGAAGGUCACCAUGUCCGAAUCCCGCUGAUUGCUGGGUGUGGUGCUCAGUCGACCCACGAAACGCUCCAGCUGUGUAAGGACGCUGCCAGAAGUGGCGCGUCUCAUGUGCUUUUGCUGCCACCCAGCUACUACGGCGCGCUUCUCGAUGACGAAAAGAUUAUCCAGCACUUCUAUGAGGUCGCUAACCAAUCGCCUAUUCCCAUACUCAUCUACAACUUCCCGGCCGCAGCCUCGGGGCGCGAUCUCACCUCGGAUGCCAUCAUUAGAAUCGCUCAGCAUCCGAACGUGGUCGGUGUGAAGCUAACCUGUGGCAACACAGGAAAACUCGCGCGCGUGGCCGAUGACGCGCCCGAAGGCUUCUUCGUCGCAGGAGGCAGCGCCGACUUCAUCCUGCAGGGUCAGGUUGUAGGCGCCAACGGCACCAUCUCAGGGCUGGCCAACAUUGCCCCGCGGGCAUGCGUGCGUAUCAUGGAGUUGGCAGCGAAGACCGAGCUCGCCGAGGCGCGGCGACUACAAGCCAUUGUGGCGAGGGGGGACUGGAUCGCCAUAAAAACAGGCUUCGUGGGCGUAAAGGCGGCGAUCGGGCACUUUGAGAGGUACGGGGGCGCGCCACGGAAGCCCUGCGUCAGGCCCUCACCGGAGGAGCUGAAAAUUAUCGUGGAUGGACUGAGUCAGCUGCAUCAAGUAGAAAUGGAAUUGGAAGAAGAGGCGAGGGCUUCUGGCGGCGCCCUGUGA